UAUUUUGCUGCAAUCAAACGUUUUUCGGUGCUGUUUUUCAAUCUGUGCUUCUAAUUUCUUCAAUUUAUUUUUAACUAAAGAAAAUAUGGGCGAACGAAAAGGACAAAAUAAAUAUUAUCCCCCGGACUAUGAUCCAAAAAAGGGUGGACUUAACAAAUUCCGGGGAACCCAUGCCCUUCGCGAACGGGCGAGGAAAAUUCACCUGGGUAUCCUGAUCAUCCGAUUUGAAAUGCCCUACAAUAUCUGGUGUGAAGGCUGCAAAAAUCACAUUGGAAUGGGUGUGAGAUACAAUGCGGAAAAAACUAAAGUAGGCAUGUACUACUCCACGCCCAUCUACAAGUUCCGUAUGAAGUGCCACCUGUGUGACAACCAUUUUGAAAUACAAACUGAUCCCGGAAACUUGGACUACGUCAUACUAUCGGGAGCACGAAGGCAAGAAAACCGCUGGGACCCAACUCAAAAUGAACAAGUUGUUCCCGAGACAAAGGAAGUUCAAAAGCGAUUGUUUGAUGAUGCCAUGUAUAAGCUGGAGCAUCAGGCCAAGGAUAUUAAUGCGGGGGAACAAGCAAAACCGAUGCUUGAGAAAUUGAUUGAUCGUAACAAAACUGUGUGGAACGAUAGCUACGAAGCGAAUUGUAAACUAAGAGCUGAGUUUAGGACAAAGAAAAAGGAACUGAAAGCUUUGAAAGAUGUCGAUGAGAAAUUGCUUAGCAAAAGCAGUUUGGAUAUUGCCUUAUUGCCAGAAACGCAGCAGGAUCGUCAAAUGGCCGCCCUAAUGAAACUGCAGAGCAAAUCAGCAUAUGAGCGCGAAGAAGAAAAACGUUUAGAUAUCCUAUUAAAGCCCGCUUUACCAAGUGCAACACAAACCACUUUUGGUGGUUUAAAAAGACAAAAGGCUUUAAAUAAUCAACUACAAUAUGAACAACUGGGUAUAAAGAGAAAGGCCACAUCAAGCGAAAACCCAACCAGUCAUGAUGAAAAUAGUACAAAUGAACAAAUACCGAAUGUAGCAGACGAGCUUACAAAGGAGACAAAUACAUCGGAUGAAUCACAUUUAAGCCUAGCCAACGACAAACCAGUCUUAGUAGAUUUGCCUAAAAGUUUAUCUUUAGUCUGUGACUAUGCAAGCUCGAAUUCUUCGGUCUCGUCGCCUUCAUCGCACUCAGAAAAUGGGAAUGACUGAUCUAUUAUGAUAAUAAUAAAUAUUCCAUUUUAUUUAUCAAAGUUGCAGAGAAAUAAUGAAAAAUACAAAAAGAAAAAUAUUAACAAAGGCUACACAUCUGUUUCCAAAGAAAUGCCUUCUAUGUGUUCGUGGGCUAAUUCAUCUGCAGGAGAGGUAGCUGGGCCAUCAUCUGUUGCAUAAAGUAUUGUCAAAGCACGAUUACACCAAUCCAUAUGAACAUUGUUUUGCAGCGAGGCAUUAAGGCUAGAGAUGAAGGAAAAAUAAAUGUUUACUUUUUAUUUUCAUUAAUACAAAGAUAUUUUGGUAUCUAA